GAUUUUUUUUGAUUUUUUUUUUUUUUUUCCUAACAGAAACAGCUGUUGAAGUUAUUUUUCCUCUGACAAAUUUUAUUUCAGCUCACAAUAUAUUUUCUGAUGUUUGAAUGGUAAUGUAAUUGUUUUCAUAUUUAACACAUAUUGAGUAUUCGUGCAGUUCUUAACAUGGUAGGGAAAGCAAUAAACAGUUUUGUAAUGAUUGAAUUGCAGUAUUUAUCCUUGAAGAUGCUUUGCUGCUACAUUGGUUGGUUAAGAUUAUGCAAGGUUGUUUAAUUAAUCAUAGUUGCACAGAGGUUGGCCAGUUUGUUGGCCAAAUUAUCAGACAAGAAUAUCAGAUAAAUUGUAAGUUACUGCAAGAAAUGACUAUUUUGUAAAUUCUAUUUGAGUCAAAGCAAGCAUUAAUAAUUUUUUUGCAUUUUCUCUGCUGACUUCUUGUUUCACCUAAUAGAUGUUUGCAGGUUAAGGACCAAAUGAUCACAGGAAUAGCAUGUCAAAAAGAAGAGCCAGAGUUAGUCCUGAAGCUGAGGCUAUUCAGUUUAUUUUAUCUGGAAGUGACAAGCCUUGUCUGAAGGUUCAAUGGGUCAGUGACUAUAAAGGGCGUGGUGUAUUUGCUUCUACACCAAUUGAAAAGGGAUCCUUUGUUGCUGAGUACCGUGGGGAGUUGAUCUCAAAAUAUGAACGGGACAAGAGACACAAGAAGUACACUGAGAAGCAAAAUGCAUUCUUGUUUGAUUUUAAGUGGAACAGUGAUGUAUGGUGCAUUGAUGCCUCCCAUGAAGAUGACUCUUUUGGCCGGUUGGUUAAUGAUGCCCAUAUAUCCCCAAACUGCAAAAUGAAAAAGCUGAUUGUCCACGGUAAACCUCAUCUUUGCUUGUUUGCUUUUGAAAACAUCCAAGCAGAGAGUGAAAUAACAUAUAACUAUGGAGACGCUCUGUGGUCAUGGCGAGCUUUGACACCAAGUGUAGAGAUCCCGACUCAGCCUUCAGGAGAGCCACAAAUGAGCGGGUCAUCCAUUUCAUCCUUUCAACAGGUUGGUACACAUUUCUAGUUCCAGUUAAACACAAAUAGAUGUCUCAUUUGGGUCCGGUGCAUAAAUAAAAUACCCUUUAACAAUCAGUUUGGGUAACAGUUUCACAG